GAGGAGGAAGACAUGUACGGUGCUACAGCAUCCCCCUUUGGAGGAGAAAGACAGAUGCUCUCUUCACCUAUCCACCGCUAGGCUUUUCUGAAGUCGAAAUCCGCAGAGGGCUGUUAUGACUAGCAUUCAUCAUUGCUUCUGCUCCUCCGCUUCUGGUGACUUCACCGUCAUCAAUGACAGUAUCGACAACGACAUAGUAACUAGCGACAUUCCUAAAGACUUGGGCCAAAGUUGGACUACCUAUCUCGUCUUGAACUUUAUGAUCUAGGUGCGAGAGAUCCAGCUCCACGAAGAUGGCCAUGGCCAUGGCCACUGAUGCCUCUUCCAUCGACUCGACCCUCUUCCCUCUGUGCACUUUCCUCCUCAGCAUCUACACGCUGGGCAUCUCGGCCGAUGUCUUCAUCUCCUCCACCGCCCACUUCGCCCACCGCCUGCACGUCUCGGAGACGCUCAUCUCGCUCCUCACGGCCGGCGCCGAGUGGGAAGAACUCGCCGUCGUGGUCGCCGCCGUCGCCCAGCGACGACCCAAACUCGCCCUGGGGAACGUGCUGGGAAGCUGUGUCGCGAACAUCCUCGGCGCGUUUUCACUGGGCGUCUUGGCGCAGGGAGAGGCCAUCGUCCGGUACGACGUCAGCGCGAAGAUCUACGCCGUCGUCCUGUUCGGCGUCACCACGGGCGUGGCGGUGCUUUGGGGAUUCGGCCAGCUCGAGGGUCAUGUCUACGGAGCGGUCUUGGUGGUCGUCUUCGGGCUGUAUCUGGCGGGGAUCGGUUGGUCCAUCUAUCGGGGCGUCCUGGACGCACCUGAGGAGUCGGAUGCAGAGUCGGAUGACGAUGAUGAUUCGGACUCGGAGUCUGAGGGAGAUCCGGAGGUGCGAUCUGCUCCCGGGGGGGGGAUUCCUCGUGAGGGAAACCCAGGGCCGGAGGGCGUUGACGAGUCAAGUGCCUUGAUAGGUCGCAGGAGAACGCGGCCCUCCACUCUGUUUUAUCUGGUCAAGCUGAUCCUGGCUUUCGUCGCGCUCUCCAUCAGCGGCUAUGUCCUCUCACACUCCUCCCAGUCACUAGCCGCGAGAUUCAACGUCUCCGAAACCGUAUUUGGAGCGACCCUCUUGUCCCUGGCAACAACUCUACCAGAGAAGUUUGUCGCUGUCAUCAGCGGGUACCGAGGCCACCCAGGAAUCAUGGUGGCGAAUACUGUAGGAAGCAACAUAUUCUUGUUGACCCUAUGCCUCGGCGUGACCAUCUUGAGCUCAAAGAGCCUUGCCCAAGGCUCGAGUUACACCAACGAGAUCGUGUGGACCUGGACGUCCUCGGCCUUUUUGACCGUCAUGAUUCUGCUCGGCACGCAUCGCUUGGUUGGCCUGGCCAUGCUGCUCGCGUAUGUUGGGUUUAUAGUUCUUGAAUUUACAUUGUACAAGCCGUGAAAGGCUUUCAAACCGGGAUACCGACAAUCUCCUCGCCUUCCUUGCCAUCAGGGACCAGAUCGCCAUACACGGUGAUGGGGAUCACCACCUCAAAAGUGUCGCAUUCGAGAUUUUCCGCGGCAACAUUCACCGUGCCUCGCUCAUCGUUGACCACUUCCUCGAGCAAAUGCGUCACGAGUUUAAACUCGCCCUGGUCAUUCUCAACUGGCUUGAUGGUUCCAAACUCGAAACGAAGACUCCAGUCGAGAUUGACCCCCGAGGUGACAAACGUGGGUGUUGCGGAGGCCGGGAUACUAGGUGCGAACGUGGCUCGUUGGGCGAAGAGGAUGUUCUCGGAGCGGGCGGCGUAGACUUUCCGUGUGAUGCGGUUGAUCGUGUGGACGGACCUGACUGCGAGGGAGGGCGCGACUUUCUCCGACGUCUCGAGGGUCGCUUUCAGCGAAGCACAGGGGACUUGGCCUUCAGAGAAGUCGAUGACGGCCGUGACUGUCUCGCCCAAUCGAUGGAGGGGCCGGUCAAUAACAAUGACCGCGACGCGCGAUCCGUUCCGUGCAAUCUCGAAGCGGUUGGGGCUCGACUCGCUAUCCGACAGGGAGUUGCUGUAGAGGAUUGCUCGGUCGAUGGCAUGAAGCGCCUUUCCGCGGCCCCCCGCGUCUUGGGUGUUCAGAAAUGCCUCCAUCGUCCCCGAGCUCGACUGCCGGCGGCGAUUGUGGUCGAGGAGCGUGUCCACGAACUGCAAAAACUCCACGCUGGACUUCUCAGCCGACUGAGUCGUCGGGGUGCCUCCUUCCUCCUGGUCCUGCGGGGCAGAGAUAGACUUUGUACGAGCGAGAUCGCGCAGAAUAACAUGG